AUGGAUUCAAAGGAUAUCAUCGAGGAGGUUGAUGAUGUGACUCUCCCUGAAGGUGGUGUUGUUCACGUUCCUGUGGUUAAGGGUUUCUUUCUUGAACUGCCUCUCAAAGUUCAAGAAUUUGUGGCUACUUAUGUUGAUCUCUUGCAACCAAAAGGUGUGUACAUAUGUGAUGGCUCAGAGGAGGAAGAACAAGAGAUUGCAGACAAGCUGGUUGACAGAGGCCUCUUGAUUCCUUUGAAGGGCAUGGAGAAAUGUUUUGCCUGUAGAACAGAUCCAAAAGAUGUUGCCAGAGUUGAAAAUAAAACUUUCAUUGUUACAGAAAAAAGAAGUGAAACAGUCCCAACUGGCAAGAAGUAUGAAGGUUACAAAGAUGACACGGAGAUCCCACACGGCAUGCUAGGCAGAUGGAUGAGUCGGAGUGUGGCUGAGGAGGAGAUGGCGAGUCGUCUGCCUGGCAGUAUGAGGGGGCGUGUCAUGUACAUCAUCCCCUUCAGCAUGGGUCCCGUCGGUGGUCCAGCUUCAAAGAGUGGUGUUCAGAUCACCGACUUCAAUUACGUCAUAUUGAGUAUGCGUAUUAUGACCAGGGUGACCCCUGAAGUGUGGGAUGCCAUUGAAGAAAGUCCAGAUCAGGAGUUCGUUCAGUGCAUUCAUACCAUUGGUGCUCCCAGGCCUCUGCAGAGAAAGGUGAUCAACCACUGGCCAGAUGAUGCGGAACAUAUCAUGAUAGCUCACUUCCCGUUGCAGAGAAGAGUCAUCUCGUAUGGAAGUGGUUAUGGAGGCAACUCCCUCCUUGGUAAGAAAUGUUUUGCUCUGAGAAUUGCCAGCUGCAUGGCCAGAGAUGAAGGGUGGCUGGCCGAACAUAUGCUCAUCAUGAGUGUCACCGAUCGAAAAGGAGUGGAAAAGUUUUUUGCUGCUGCUUUUCCCAGUGCCUGUGGCAAGACCAACAUGGCUAUGAUGACUCCCUCCAUUCCUGGAUUCAAAGUGCAGGUGAUUGGGGAUGACAUAGCGUGGAUGAGAUUUGAUUCCAAUGGACAGUUAAGAGCCAUCAAUCCAGAGAAUGGAUUCUUCGGAGUUGCACCUGGCACUAACUGGAAGACGAAUCCAGUUGCUAUGCAGACUGCCCAGAAGAACACCAUUUUCACCAACGUUGGCAUCACUGAUGAUGGUAAAGUUUUUUGGGAGGGCAUGGAGAAGGAGAUCGAUCCAAACACUUCCAUCACAACCUGGACUGGUGAGAAAUGGAAAAUAGGAAUGGAAGGUAAAGCUGCCCAUCCUAACUCUCGUUUCUGUGUGCCGGCCAGUCAGUGUCCAGUUAUCCAUCCUCUCUGGGAACAUCCAGACGGGGUCCCAAUUUCAGGAAUCAUAUUUGGGGGUCGUCGUCCGAGGGGAGUGCCUCUCGUUUUUGAGUCGUUUGAUUGGAAGCAUGGAGUAAUGAUCGGAGCUGCUUUGAAAUCAGAAGCAACUGCUGCAGCUGAGCACAAAGCUGGUGGAGUCAUGCACGAUCCUAUGGCUAUGAGACCAUUCUUUGGAUACAACUUUGGAAAGUACUUGGAUCAUUGGUUGUCCAUGGAUCAGCCUGGUAGACAGCUGCCAAAAAUAUUUCACGUCAACUGGUUCAGACUGGAUCAGAAAACUGGGAAGUUCUUGUGGCCAGGAUUUGGAGACAACAUCAGAGUUGUUGAUUGGAUGAUUAAGAGGAUUGAUGGUGAAGAUGUUGCUGUAGAAUCCCCUGUUGGCUGGCUGCCAAAGAAAGGCUCUAUAGACACCAGUGGAUUGGAUGACGUCAAUUGGGAUGAACUCUUCUCACUGCCAAAAGAGUAUUGGAUGGAAGAUGUGGAAGAAACAAAGUCCUUCUUUGAAGAUGAAGUUGGAAAAGAUAUGCCUCAGGCUGUCUAUGAUGAACUAGAGAAGCUAAAGAAGAGAGUUCAAACCCUGUGA